AGAUUGCACUGAUCUGCAGUCUGACUGGGUUUGUGCCUCGCAGAUUCAUUAUGGCAGCUCUACGUGCAGCAAAACAAGCUUUGAGGAAAGAAAUCAAGGGUCGCGUGGCUGCAGUGAGUGAUCAGGAGAAACUGAGACAGUCUCGAGUUGUCUCGCUGAAGUUGUUCAGCCAUCCCAAAUACCUAUCCAGCCAGCGUGUCGCUGUCUUCCUGAACAUGCAUGAUGAGGUGCGCACACACGACAUCCUCCAGGACAUCUUCAAGAGGGGCAAAGCCUGCUUCAUUCCCAGAUACUUCACCCAGAGCAGUCAUAUGGACAUGUUACGACUCCGAGACAUGGAGGAGGUGAAGGCGCUGCCCCUCACGUCCUGGAACAUCCAGCAGCCAGCAGACGACGACUCCGACAGAGAGGAAGCCCUGGCCACAGGAGGACUAGAUCUUAUCCUCAUGCCUGGUUUGGGAUUUGAUAAGAAGGGGAAUCGGCUUGGCAGAGGAAAGGGUUUCUACGACACGUAUCUGGAGCGAUGUAGCACGCACCCGAAGGGAAAGCCGUACACCAUCGCCUUGGCUUUCAAAGAGCAGCUGUGUGCUGAAGUCCCAGUGGGGGAACAUGAUAUUCUUAUUGAUGAAGUCCUCUAUGAAGACGAGGAAUGAACUGCACCAGUCAGACCUUGAUUUCAGCGUUGCUCAAAGUCUUUUGAAUUCAAAUGAUUCCUGCAACAUCGAUCCCGUUUCUGAAUGAAAUGCUUUAAAACUCUUUGGAUGCAAUCCAUAUUCUCGAAUCAAAUAAUGUCUGGGAACUCCUUUCAGAGAAGAGCUUCUGUAUCAGCAUAUGAAUUACCAAACGCUCUUCACCAAAAGGCUAAAUAUGCAGUCUGUCUUGACAUUAAAGGAAAAGUUCACUCAAAAAUGGCCUUUAUUUAGUCACUCAUGUUGUAUUAAAUAUGCUGUCUGUGAAACACAAGGGGAUUUUUUAAACAAUCUUCAUACGGUUUAUUUCUAUAGAGGAAUUAUUCAUCGUGACCAUAUCUGUCACCAUUAAAGUGCUCCACUUGUGCACUAUGUUCAUAGUCUUCUAAAGUCAUUCUAUAGCUUGGUGUGAGGAACAGACUAAAUAACGAAAAAUCAUUAUUCAAUAAAAAAAUCCACCACUGCAGCUCUCAAAUUUGAUUCUCCGCUACAUAUUUAUGAUUUGGCAUGCCCAUGUUUGGUUACAGCAUGUGCUAAAAUUACAGUGACAGUGUUUUCAAACUCUAAUUAUUAUUUGAAUUUUGAGAGAAAGUAUCAGUAAUAACUUUAAUUUCACUAUGUUCCUCAGGCAGGCUUCAGAAGACAUUUGUGGUACUUUUUCUUGGUGUUUUCUAUGUAUUUUUUCUGUUCCACAGAAAAUUGACAGCUACGGGAUGGAAAUUACAUGAGAGUGAAUGAAUAAUGACAGAAUUUGCCUUUUGGGUAAAGAUUGCUUCAAAAUUA